AUGCACAUUCCAGUCAACUUCCGCCAAUUUGACAUCCGUCAGGAUGGUCCGGGCAACAUUAUCAACAAUCCCAACACCAACACCAAUACCACCGAUAAUAGCCCGGAUAAAAACCACGCCUCCGACAAUGAUAACUCGAGCAGGAAUAAUAUCAUUAUAAUAUGCGUCGCUUGCAUCAUUUUCGCCGUGGCAUCCGCCUUAAUGACCUAUUUCGUCUUACGUACCCUCCGUCGCAUGAACUGUCGCCCGAAAUAUGUGCCUGGGAAAUUCCUUAAGGACAAAUGGAAUAGGUGGAACGUGGGCGUCUCAUACGGUCAGGUCCCCGGGGCGAAUAAUCCCAAUGCGAACACCAGAGACACGCCCGCCGAAGGAGGCUCGGAGAUGCGAACUACCACCCCGGCCGCCAACAAUACGAGCAAUGUUCGACGGGAUACAUCGGUUCGCUCGGUCAUCACUCUUCCCGCCUACUCGCCCAGUCCCAAGCCAACGGAGCAGGUCAUCGCUCGAGAGGGGGAGCGAGCAGGCAUGGACAUGGUUGUCGAGUUCCCCGAAACAGCCGAAGAAGAGGAAUCCCGCAGAGAAGAGCUGAUGGAGUCUCUCUACCAAAUCCGUUUGCAACGGCGAGAGGAGAUAGCCGACCGUGAAUGGCGGCGACAGGAGCGCCGGGAGGCUCGUGCUCGUGGGGACUAUAUUCGCCUUGAAGAACUCCGGCAGGAGAGUCGGGCCCGCGCGAGAAGCAGCGCGUCUGCCAAUGGAAGUGGUUCAAACCUCAGCGCGGCUCUGGCGGAAUCUCGCAACCGGGGUCGCGAUAGGCGUAUCUCCAGUGUCUCUUAUGCAGAACUGGGCCACGUGCGGCAUGACGGGUCGCGUAUCAGAGCCACGUCGCCCGAUUCGGACCGUCGUCCUCUUCUCACCGAUGCAUCAGCGCCCGAUCGAUCCUCAGGAUCGAUUCUCACCGGCGUUCAUUCUCGAGGCGAGUCGUACUCGUCGUAUCAGUCUGGGGUAUCCAACGUCUCCGAUGCGGAGACUUUGACUCAGGUGCAAUCGCAUGCGGCGUCUGCUCAUUCGGCUGAUCGCCCGUCAAUAACGGUCGACGAGGGUGAUGUGGGUGAACUCAACAUCCCGCCGCCUGAGUACGAGGUCCUGGAAUGGGGAGAAGCGCCGCCUUAUACGAGCCCAAUCGCGGAGAGGGGCGAGCAUGCGCCGCAGCUUCGUGACUUGACCCCCCUGCCAACCAUCCAUAUCGAUGUGGCCAGCCCUAUCAGCAACACUCCCACCACGCCCACGAAUCCUCUGCGGGAGGAGGAGCCGGAAGAGCAACAAACCGCCGAACAACCUGCCACCACCACUCAACCCAUCACGGAAGAGCGUUGGCGCGUCACAUCAACCGGCAACAUGUCGCGCGAAGCAACAACGAAUAGCUUCGCGUCGUUUGGCUCCGACUUUGACCCUGAGCACGAGGCGCUCGCGUCCACCAAAGAGCUCGGUCAUGGUAGCCCCCGACUUCCGUCCAUGCACACCAACGCCAGGAAGCGCCACGAGUACGAAGAAGAGCCCGACUACGCUUUCAACACAUCCACCUUCGAGCAAUAUCUACCAGAUUUUUCCCCGGUCGGCACAUCCGAAGAAGAAGAAGAGGCCGACAACGACGACAGCAUCUCCAUUGAGGCCGGCCGAGGCCCGACGAAACCUCCCCGUCGAUUGGACGACUCGAGAAACUCCUACAUGAGCAUCGAAAACAGCGUUCGCUCGUCGUCCCCCGCCGUCAGACUCGACUAUCCUACUUCUAAUACCCCUCAGAAGUCUGCUCUGCGGAACCCGGCGAGAAGAGCGGUCAGCGAUAGUCUCCGAAAGGAUGCUCAAAUCAGACGCGCCAGCCUGGCCCAUAAGGAGAACGUUGAUCCCCACACAGCCAAGUCGAACCGCAAAGAGCGACGAACGCUGUCAGACAUGCACGCAAAGGUUCGCGAUACUUAUGAAGGAUCCCUAAUCGAGGACGAAAGGCCUCCGGUCAUGGCCAACAGUACGCGUCCGACACGGUUUGGAAACCCCAACCUCUCUCAUCAGAUUGCCGAUGCGGUGGAGAAGGCUUCUCAGGAGGCCUACGCUCGCGAACUCCGUCGCGGAAAGUCCAGUAACAGCUCUCGCAAUCUGGCCAACAAUGCAGGUGAUACGGCUACUCAGCAGUCAUUUCUUCUACCGGAUCUCCCCAACUUGUCUGAGUUGGUCUCGGGCGUCUAUGAAGACGGAACGCCCGUGUAUGCGCGUCAGAACAGAGCACGGACGACGCGCUUUGUCUCCCCUCCGCAUGAUGCUACUGAUGUUUCUUUGACUCGCGAACACAUGCCGCUGGAUGCUGUCCCCAUUCCGGAAGAUGAAAAGGCACUCUUCGUUUCAUUGAGACUCUUGCAGGACAAGGUUGCAGAAUUGGAGAGGUCCAAGUCUGACGCCGAACGGAGGAUGGAUGAUAUGAAGCGGGAGAAUGAAGCGCUGAGGGCAAACAAGCGCUCAAAGGACAAGCAUGGUCGCAGCCGACCUUACGAAUCCGACGAGGAUGACUACCGAAGAGAUCAGCUUGCCAACGAGAACCAAAAACUAGAUGCCGCCAACCUGGCUUUGCAAAACAAACUCGACAUUAUCGAAAGAAAGGCCCAGAUUCAGGAAUCUACUUUAAAGCGGCUGAACCGAGAACGAGACAUGGCAGUGUCUCAAUUGGGAGUUGCAUAUCUGGAGAGCCAAGACCUCAAGAGCGAGAAUGAGAGUCUGCGCCAGGAGAAUGCAGACUUGAAGUCGCAGAUAUCGAAGAUCUUGGCCGCAGGCUCCAGAGCACGUGAGGACACAGUCGAGUCAGAGCAGUCUUCUAUGACUGAUGCAAGCGACGAGGAUAGCCAAAUCGAUACGCAGCAUAGUAAGCAUACGAGCCGAAGCACCCGCGAGGUCACUGGGAAGAGCUCGCGAUCCAAGUCUAGACGUCAGGAAGAUUCGCGCGCCAAGAUCUCGACCCAGGUUGAUAAGGAAAUUUCCCGGCUUGAAAAGGAGCGUGCAGAAGAGGCACUGUUUUCGAUCGACGUCCCCCAGACCAGGGAAAAGUCGAAGUCGAGAUCAGGAAAGUCCAAGAGCCGGUCGGAGAGCAGUGAUGUGAGUACCAGGAAGCAGUCGAACACUGGCAAACAGCGCAUCAAGAGGGUGGUUGUCGAAGAGGUGGAGGAGACUGAGCCUGUUGAGUCGAGUGGUGAGGUCACUGGAAUCACCAAGAAAUCCAAUGCAACGGAGCAGGAUUUGACCCUGCUGAGCUUCGUUGAUGAACGUGAAAUCGCUCAACUACGGAAGACGCUGGAAGAGGAACGCCUGGCUCGGAAACGGCGGCAGUCGAGUACAAGCAAAGAGCAGACUGCAAACGAGACCGGAAACACGACCCGGCAGAGCCUGGCUAAGUCGACGAUUCCCAGAAAGUCUUCCCUCAAAGAAAGCAAGGGGUUGCCAUCUAGACCCGCCUCGGCCAUGGGUGACUUGACCGCCAACUCCAAGGCUAGCAUGACUGAAGGAGAAAGUAACUUGUCGGUGCCUGUCGAACGCCCUAGACGGCAUUCGGACAACUCCGGGGCUGCUGCUUCUCAGCGACGCCGGCGGAGGGUGGCCGAAGAGAUGACCUCGGCCUUUAUCUUGCCUGAUAUUACGUUCAACCCCGCGCAUCUGGUCGAGAACAAUCUUUCAAAGCUUCCUGAACCUGCUCAGCGUGCACUUGACAGUGCCACUAAGCACAAUGGCAAAAACUGCACGGUCUGCAAGCAGUCCAUUCCAGGUGCCUCUUGUGAACAUACUGCAGAGGCAGUGAAGAUUCCGAAGCCCGUUCCCGUUUCGGAGCGUAUGCCCGAGCCGUCUGUCUACAAUGAGGAGCCUACCAUGCGCCCCGCGCAAUCGCCAGAGCUUGCCCUCGCGACCGUGCUCAAGGCUUUGGAAGAUGAGCUGGCCCACCUGAAGAUGCAGCUGGUGGCAUACCAGGGCUCGUACAACAGGCUGGAUGCCUCGCUGAGCAAGCGACAGAGGAAGUCUGUGGGCGAGAAGAUCGAGAAGCUGUUGAAGGAUAUCGACAUGAAGGCCGACCAGAUUUAUGCGCUGUACGACGUCCUUGAAGGUCAGAAGCAGAAUGGCCGUGAGAUGACGGAGCAGGAGAUGGAAGUGACUCUUCAGUCGAUUGGAAUUGAUACGGCAGGACGGACAGCAGACGUCACCGCCACCACGGACAAGUCUUCUCGCAAGGAACCGGACUCGGAAGACGAUGAUGAGCUUCCUUGGGAGGGGUUUGAAAAUCUAUAUAUGACAUCCACACAACCACCCGAGAUCCGCAACUCCCACACCGACAAUCAUGUAGAUACUACUGCUGCUAUCUCCGCGCCCGAGGCCGACGCCUCACGCCUCCGCAAGAAUCCGGACACCCAAUUCUUGUCGCCCGCCAUGUCAGUCGAUUCCUCCAUCGACGGCGACCAAGACAGCGUCAACACUGCCAUCCACGACGGCAGCUCGGCGCAGACCCGUAUACUUGCGCCGGCGCCCAUGCCCGGAUUCUCUCAGUCGCAGCGCUUAUCAGUAGAUGAUCACAACAAUACCAACUUGAUCGCGAACGAAGACGACAACAACCCCAACGAAGAAAACAACAACGACGCCGACGAGAAACCCGUAACAUGGUCCUCACUACCGAAAAAGAGCCAACUCGCUAUCCUGACCAUCGCCCGUCUCUCAGAGCCACUCACCCAGACCUCCCUGCAAGCGUACAUGUUCUACCAGCUCAAGUCGUUCGACCCGUCCUUACCGGACUCGACUAUCUCCGGACAGGCAGGCAUCUUGCAGGGCAGUUUCACUGCGGCGCAGUUCCUGACGGCUGUGUGGUGGGGACGACUAGCUGAUGCGGAGUGGAUGGGGAGGAAGAGAGUGUUGCUGAUCGGGUCGCUGGGGACGUGUAUCUCGUGCUUGGGAUUUGGGUUCUCGCGGUCGUUUGUGGCUGCUGCGGUGUUUCGCACGCUGGGAGGUGUGUUGAAUAGUAAUGUGGGUGUGAUGAGGACGAUGAUUGCGGAGAUUAUCGAGGAGAAGAAGUAUCAAUCUCGAGCGUUCCUCUUACUGCCCAUGUGCUUCAACAUCGGCGUCAUUAUCGGCCCAGUGCUGGGCGGUGCCCUAGCUGAUCCAGUCAAGAACUAUCCCCAGAUCUUUGGACCGGGCACAUUCCUCGGUGGUGCGAAUGGGGUGGAGUGGAUGCGCAAAUGGCCGUUCCUGUUACCAAACCUGCUCAGUGCAGUGUUCAUCUUCUGCUCGUUGCUAGCUGUCUUCUUCGGCUUAGACGAGACCCACGAAACAGCCCGCCAUCGCAGCGACUGGGGCCGUCAACUCGGACACCGGAUCUCACGCGCCCUCCGCCGCACCAAACACAAAGACAGCAAAUACUACCAACGUCUAACCGAACACCCCGACGACGAAUCCCUCUACAUCGACAACACCUCCCACCACCGCCGCAGCAUCAGCAUCAGCAGCCGCUCCUCCCGUCCAACCCCAAAGACACCACCAUCAUCAUCCCGCCCCUCCUUCCGCCAAAUCUACACCCGCAACGUCCUCCUCACCCUCCUCGCCCAAUUCCUCCUCGCCUUCCACACCUCCGCCUUCAACGCCAUCACCUUCACCUUCCUCCCCACCCCGCGCGCCCCUCCCUCCACCAGAACCGGCUGGUUCCACUUCUCCGGCGGCCUCGGCCUGCCCUCCUCGCGCGUCGGUCUCGCCACCGCCAUCAUCGGGAUCAUCGGCCUCCCUUUACAAAUCUUCAUCUACCCCUGGGUCCAAGGCUACCUGGGUACCUUACGGUCCUUCCGCACUUUCUUACCCUUUUCCUCCCUCGCAUACGCCCUCAUGCCCUUCCUCCUCCUUCUUCCCCGCGCAGCAUACAUCGUCUGGCCUGCAUUUACCGUGGUGAUCGCACUGCAGGUCGUGUCGAGGACGUUUGCCCUCCCCGCUGCGGUUAUCCUAGUGAAUAAUAGUGUCUCGGAUGCGAAGGUGCUUGGCACGAUUAAUGGCGUCUCGCAAAGUAUUUCGUCGGCGGCGAGAACGUUAGGGCCGUUUUUGGGUGGCUGGGGGUUGGGUGAGGGCCUGAGGGGGAAUUUUGUUGGGGGGGUUUGGUGGGGGUUGGCUGUGGAGGCGAUGGUGGGGUGGGUUGUUUUGUGGUUUAUUUGGGAGGGGAGGGGGAUUGAGAGGAAGAAGAGGUCUGCUAACAGUGCCAAGUAG